CUCGCGAUAUUUCCAGUUGAACAAAUUCAAACAUGGCGUCACAAGAAGAGGCGGGUAGCACCGUUGUGGCUGAAACAGACUCAGCCGGAACGGAGGCGGUGUUGACUGAGCUUCCUGUCAGCAUGGACACAGAGUCUUCCAGCGGCAAGGAGGGCCUGGAGGCGGCAGGCGAAGCAUCGGAGGCUGCCGACACACUGACCGGCUCCGGGGAUGAGGACAAUGGGCGGCAGCUGGGCGAGGUGGAGCUGCAGUGCGCCUUGUGUACCAAGUGGUUCACCGCUGACACCUUCGCCAUCAAUACCGCGACUUGUCUGCCCUUCAUGACCAACUACGUGUUCCACUGCAAUGUCUGCCACCAUAGCGGCAACACCUACUUCCUCAGGAAACAAGCCAACCUGAAGGAGAUGUGUCUGACGGCGCUGGCGAACCUGACCUGGAGGUCCCGGAGCCAAGACGAGCAUCCCAAGACCAUGUUCUCCAAAGACAAGGACAUCAUUCCAUUCAUCGACAAGUACUGGGAGUGCAUGACCACCCGCCAGAGACCCGGCAAGCUGACGUGGCCCAACAACAUUGUGAAGACCAUGAGCAAAGAGCGCGACGUUUUCCUGGUGAAGGAACACCCCGACCCCGGCAGCAAAGACUCCGAGGAGGACUACCCCAAGUUUGGCCUGCUGGACCAGGACCUGGGGACCAUCGGACCCUCGUACGACUCCCAAAAGCAGUCGGCCGUCACGCCCACCGCCGGAGGCCUCAACGGUGGAUCCUCUUACUCAGGUGCUCUGGCGCCCGUGGCGGGCAAAGGAAGAGGAGCCAAGCGUAAGCAGCAGCAGCAGCAACAACAAGAGGGGGCCACCGCCGGGGCUACCAAGAGGACACGCAGCGACCCGUUGUUCUCGGCACAGCGGCUGCCCCCCCACGGCUACCCUCUGGAGCACCCCUUCAACAAAGACGGCUACCGCUACAUCCUGGCCGAGCCGGACCCGCACGCCCCCGACCCCGAGAAGCUGGAGCUGGACUGUUGGGCCGGCAAGCCCAUCCCCGGCGACUUGUACCGGGCCUGUCUCUACGAGCGCGUUCUGCUGGCUCUGCACGACCGAGCACCCCAGCUGAAGAUCUCCGACGACCGUCUGACGGUGACGGGCGAGAAGGGCUACUCCAUGGUGCGCGCCUCCCACGGCGUGCGCAAGGGCUGCUGGUACUUCGAGGUGUCCGUGGAAGACAUGCCUCCCGACACGGCCGCCCGGCUCGGGUGGUCCCAACCUCUCGGUAACCUGCAGGCGCCGUUGGGCUACGACAAGUUCAGCUACUCGUGGCGCAGCAAGAAGGGCACCCGCUUCCACCAGUCCAUGGGCAAGCACUACUCCACAGGCUACGGCCAAGGGGACACACUGGGCUUCCUCAUCGAGCUGCCCGACCGCACCGAGACGGCUCGAGCGCUGCCGGACACCUACAAGGACAAGGCACUCAUCAAGUUCAAGAGCUACUUGUACUUUGAGGAGAAGGACUAUGUGGACAAAGCCGAGAAGAGCCUGAAGACCAUGAGCCCCAGCAGGAUGGUGUUCUACAAGAACGGCGCGAGCCAAGGCGUGGCCUUCGAGAACCUGUUUGAAGGAAUCUAUUUCCCGGCCAUCUCCCUCUACAAGAGCUGCACGGUGUCCGUUAACUUCGGGCCACACUUCAAACACGCCCCCAAGGAUGUCGCCUUCCAGCCGGUAAGCGCCUCGCCGACGCCCUCGCCGUCGUGCAUUUUUCGACGCUUGCUGUUUGUUGGUCCGCAGAUGAGCGACAUGGGCUGGGGCGCCGUCAUCGAGCAUACGCUGGCCGAUGCACUGUACCACGUGGAGACAGAGGUGGACGGACGCCGCAGCCCGCCCUGGGAGGGAUGAGCCGCCCGCAUGCAUCCGUGGAAACAGGCAGCUUCUUGUCUUUAUUUGGACUUUUGACACGCGGUAGCGCACGGGAAGGUCAAGUCAACAGUGGUCAGUGCUCCCCAACCUUAACAAUGUCCACUAAAAGUCAAUUAGCGGGUUAAUUAUUAUUAUUAUUAUUAUUAUUAUUAUUAUUAUUAUUAUUAUUAUUAUUAUGGAAGAGAUUUUCUACCUAUCAUUAUUAUGUCACUUGCAUAGAUUGAUGAACAAGGAUCCCCUUUUUUGUAGUUAAUACUUUUGGACCAAUUUAGCGAAAUUGGAUCAUUUCCCACACACUUCCUGGGCGAAGUACAUCGGUCGGGCAUCAGUGAAUUGUAUCCCAGUUCAAACUUGAAACAAAUGAUGUAGAGCAAGCAUUCCUCAAUUUGGCCAACAUUUCACAUCAUUUUGAUGAUUGAUUGACAGGCGGCACCGCACGACACUCUGAACGCCAGUUUGUGUGUCGCAUUUGAGUGCCACGUGGUGCUUCAUUCCACUGCACCCGCUGCGUCGUCUCCUGUACACAGUUUCUUCUUUUAACGGACUGAAAUAAAAAUAGGCUACGUGGAUGA